AUGGAGGUGUACUUGAAAAUGGAAUUCAACCAGUGGUUCAACGUCACCAAAGGAUACAAAGCACCAAUGGACAGCGCCGAAAUUCCAAUGGACCCAAACAAUUGGAAUAUGGAAAUGAAGAAAAAAGCACAAGUUGACUUCAAAUUCCUCAACACAAUCCAGUGCGGGCUAACCAAAGAAGAGCUAAACCGCGUCGACCCUCAGGAAAAUGCCAAAGAGAUAUGGGACAAACUCAUAGAACUACACGAGUGGACCAACGACGCAAAGGAAGGUGAGACUGUCAGUCAGCUGCACUCAAGGAUAAAAGAUAUUCUCAACGGACUUCACACCAUCGGUCACCAGAUAGAGAAUCGAGAUUUAAUUAGGUAUGCUGUAAACGUGUUUCCUCGAAAUGCACUGUGA